UGUAGUCACAUGAAGACUUGGGUGUGAUGGAAAUCUGACCUCAUUCAUUCAACAAAUAUAUUUUCUAAGGUCUUCUCUAUGCCAGGCAUUGGGGAUGUAAUAAAACAGGGUUUCCACUUUCUGAGAUUGUCAGAAAGAGAAAGGAACAAGAGUCAAACAAGAUAGAAGACUGCGUGUAGUAAAACUAGGGAAUCUCAGAGGGUCGUGGGAGCUCAGAUGAGACACAACUUGGCCCAGAGCAGUACUAGGCUUCCUGAUGAAUUGACAUCUGAAUGCUGAAUUUUGCACCCUCCUACAUGUAGAGGGUAUACACGUAGAGGAGUAGUCAGGGGUGAGGUUCUAGAAAUGUGCCUGGUUAGGUCACAGGGGGGCAUAAGUCGGGCGGGAGCUCCUGGCCGUUUAAACUUGCUCCUGAGAGCAAUUGUGAGGCUUGGAGAGAUUGAGAGUACUAGGGCUCCUAGAGCGCCGCCUCCUGGAAGACAUCCGAGCCCCGUUUGGUGCGUUGUGAUCAGGGUCCGUCCCUUAAGGCAGUGGGUGCAGGGCUCCCGCAGCUGCUCGCGGCGUUACUCAACGACAGUCGCCUAGGGAAGGCGCCACGCAACCAGCCUUGGGGCGGUGCCCCUAGCCGCGGGACGUGCGGCCGCCCCGGAAGUGACGCGUCGCCCCGCUGGCUCUGCGGAAGUGGAGAUGGCGGAGCUGUACGUUAAGCCGGGUAACAAGGAGCGCGGUUGGAAUGACCCGCCGCAAUUCUCCUAUGGGCUGCAGACGCAGGCUGGGGGACCCAAGCGCAGUCCGCUAACCAAGCGAGUCGCCGCUCCCCAGGAUGGAUCCCCCAGAGUCCCUACUUCAGAGACUUCUCCUGGGGCCCCCCCACUGGGGCUUCCACCUCCUUCAAGUAAGUCUUCUAGGCCCCCAGCUGUGGGGACUUGUCCUGUCCCCACUGUGGAGCGCACAGAUUUGCCCGUCACUGAGUGUGAGACUCUGCUCGAAGAUGUGCUGAGACCUUUGGAACAGGCAUUGGAUGACUGCCAUGGGCACACAAAGAAGCAGGUGUGUGAUGACAUCAGCCGACGCCUGGCUCUGCUGCAGGAACAGUGGGUUGGAGGGAAACUGUCAACACCUGUAAAGAAGAGGAUGGCUCUGCUGGUACAGGAGCUUUCAAACCACCGGUGGGAUGCAGCAGAUGACAUCCACCGCUCUCUUAUGGUUGACCAUGUGACCGAAGUCAGUCAGUGGAUGGUGGGAGUUAAAAGGUUAAUUGCAGAAAAGAGGAGUCUAUCUUCAGAGGAGAUGGCUAGUGAAGAGAAAUCUACAGCCACAACCGAGGAGAACCAGACCACACCAGGUGUCCAACGGGACCCAUAAUCCUGUACCGGACUCACCGCACACCACCUCCUGUGCCUUGGCGUGGGAGGCCUUGUCUUACUCAACUUCCUCUUAGUACUUGGGAGACUGUCUGCCCCAUGGGGGUAUUUGGCUGACCCACCUGUAGGGGAAGAGGUCCCACCUGGGCCUCAGGGAGGUUACUUAUUAACACUAACAUAUGCAUUUCAAUAAAACCAUCUCAACGGUGGGUCCUGGGUAGGAGGUAAAACCCUUCCCAUGCCAGACUGGUCA